UUCAGUUCACCGGAGAUUUUAAUCACAAUACACAACAACUUUUAAAUUUUUUAUAGCAAAACAUUAAAACUUUUACAAGUAAAAGUUUUGCAAUGUUCAAGCUAAAAUCGUUUAAUAAACAAUUUUGUUUAUUGGCUCGUAGUUAUGGCCUCAAGGGAGAAUUGUGCGAUCAAAUAAUGGAGAUUCCCAAACGUGAUGACAGCUAUUUUUUCACAUUACGCACUAUGCUGAUUGGAUUGUGCAUCUACGGGGUGGUGGACACUCUGUUCUUUACUGUAAGAUCUUAUAGCAAGAGGAGCUUCAUGCCGCUGACUCUGUGGCAAAAUGAUGACUAUCCCUUAAUUUCCCCAAAAUAUUCACGAUUUGUGCGCACGAUUAAUCGAUUGGUACAACUGCAUUUUUGGGUUUUUCUGAGCUAUGCUGCCAUUAAUGUUUCGCCUAAAUUCAUGUGGCCUUGGCUGACAUAUCAGUGCUUACUCAUGGCCGUCUAUAUAGCGAAAUUUAUAAUCGAUUUAGUAAAGGGCUGUUUAGACUGGAAACACUUUCUAAUCAAUGAACUUUUCAUGCAUAGUCUGAUUGCUAAAUUUGUCUAUUACUGCAAGCUUAAUUAUGAGAAGCAGCUGUCGCCAAGUUUGGAUGCCAUUGAAAUUCCUUCUGAAUUAAAAUAACCCAGCGACAAUUAAAAAUCGCUUAAUGAGUAAUUGAAAGUAGUAGAAAGUUAAUCAAGUUGAUAUACAUAUUUUAUAAAUUUUAGAGUGUUUAAUUUUGGUUUUAUUCACAUUAAAUAGAGUUUAGCUAGUAAA